CAGAUAAAGAUUGCAGUAUGUAAGUUCUGCUGCUUACAGAGAUUGGAUGACAUUGCAUUUACAUGAAAGGUGAAACAAGAAGACAGAUAAAGGAAGACUUAAUUCUAGUGAAUAUAUAGCUGUUUAUUAUUCUCCAUUGGACAUAAUUUUAUCAUUUUGAGGUUUACCCGUGGAAUGUUUUCUAUAUGACGACUCUUAUCAUGAAUCCACCUGGUAUGGGGAACGAUCCCUUAAUGGGAGACAUGGGGCCCAAAAACCCACAUCAUCAAGGCCUUGGUAUGGAUCAGCUGUCAUUUAACAUGGAUUCUAUGAUUUUUCAACAACCACAAUCUCAGUAUAUGCCAUAUAAUAUGUACCCUCAACAACCUCAACAACAACAUCAUGGAGUGAUGUAUGACGGACAGGGAAUGUAUGGGGAAAUGCAGAGCCCGACUACAAUGUCUGAGCAAAGCAUGUCACCGUCCCCACCCCCUCCACCACGCAUGUAUAAACCAUGUGUUGUUUGUGUGGAUAAAUCUUCAGGCUACCACUAUGGUGUGAGUUCUUGUGAAGGAUGCAAGGGAUUUUUCCGGCGGAGUGUUCAAAAGAAUAUGCAGUACACCUGCCACAAGGACAAAUGUUGUGUAAUCAACAAGGUGACGAGAAAUCGAUGCCAGUACUGUCGUUUACAGAAAUGUUUUCAGAUGGGAAUGUCAAAAGAAGCCAUUCUUCAAAAAGCCGUGAGGAAUGACCGUAAUAAAAAGAAGAAAAUGCAAAAACCGGACGAUCAGUCACCCUCACCCGAGGAACACACUCCGACAGAUGAAGAAAUGUCAUUGCUUCAGGAUAUUCUUGAAGCUCAUAAAGCCACAUACUCGAAGGAUGAUGUUGUGCCUCUCUCGCCAUUAAAUAUGAACAGUAUAAAACUGGUUGGGCUGUCUGAGAAUUUAGCGGAAAAACGAGACAAAACAUCACGAAGUGAGCCAAACUUCUCGGAGGCUGAGAUGAAAGAGCAGAAAAAAGAAUUGACUGCUGAAAAUAUAAUGUUGUGGGAAAAAAUAACGGAACUGUCCUCACGUGGGAUAAUAAAAAUAGUGGACUUUGCUAAGAAAAUUCCUGGAUUUUGUUCAUUUAGUACAACUGAUCAAAUAACUUUAUUAAAGGCAGCUUGUUUAGAGAUAAUGAUAUUACGGUUGAGUUCUAGAUAUGAUAUAGAAUCGGAUACUAUGGUGUUCAGUGGGGGACUCAAUGUUUCUCGCCAGCAGCUGGAGUCGGCUGGUUUCGGCUCAUUGACUGAUACUAUAUUUAGAUUUGCACGUUCACUCAGGGAAAUGGAUGUUGAUGAGAUGGAGUUAGCUACCUUGUGUUCUAUAUGUUUGAUAAGCGGAGGUAAGUAAAUGACUGUUUUGUUUUGUUGUGCAAGUUUCAACC